UAAGACAGCAUGCAGGGUAGGAGGAGAAAGAGGCGGGGUUUGGAAACCAGGAGGUUUACAAUUUGCAUAAUCAUACAUAUUCAUAACUCUCUGCAUUAUUAAUGAGGGUUAAUGUUCAGGGACGCUUCUAUGCCGUUGUCACAGGAGCAAUACAUAAACAUAUUUAACCACUCAGUCAUUCAACACAGAUUGUUUUUAUGGUUUGAAUGAUUAUUUUAGGGGACGUGCUGCAACAUUGCAAAUGUAUGUGUCACAUAGAUGACCAGCUAACUGUGCUCAGUGGGAGGAGCAUUAGAGGAAUGAACCAAAUGAACCAUCUAGAUCCAGGAGUGAGCUGAGAAAAGAAGGAAGCUGAAGCUUCUCUUCGGACCUUUCCGUUCCACCUUAAACGGUGCAGCAUUUAAGGUGGAGCGGAAAAUUCGAACAAGGAGCUGGCGAAUAGGGAGCCAACUAAAGCUUCGUGAGAAGAGAGAGAGAGAGAGAGAGACAGACAGAGAGACAGACAGACAGACACACGUUUUCAGUAGUAAUCGUCCUGCUGAGAGAGUGAAGGGAAAGAUCCAUAAACCCGUUUAAGUUGAUACUUUUCUGUUUUAUUUCCGGUCAGUUUUUUUUUUCUCGGUCGUCUUCACUGAGUCUCACUCCUCACUGCAGUGUUUACUCUAAAAGUUUACGACGGAAGUUCUGGGCGUUUUUGCUUUAGCUGAAGCGCUUCGUAGCCUGUUCACAACUGGGUAGAACCGGACCGGUGGUCAGUGAGGAUGUCCGUGCUCGCUGGGCUGUGCCUGGUCAGCCUACUGGACUUCACUCUGGGCUCGUGGCCGUGGCUGAAGCCCAACCAGGUGGAUGAAGGUCAGCCCAAAAGGCCCAAACAGCCCCCCCACAUCAUCUUCAUCCUCACUGAUGACCAGGGAUUUAAUGAUAUAGGAUACCACAGCACUGACCUCAGGACCCCCACACUGGACCGGCUGGCCGCAGAGGGGGUCCGGCUGGAGAACUACUAUGUCCAGCCCCUCUGUACACCCUCCAGGAGCCAGCUCAUCACGGGCAGGUAUCAGAUCCACACUGGUCUUCAGCACUCCAUCAUCAGGCCUCGGCAACCCAGCUGUCUUCCCAGGAACCUGGUGACUCUGCCACAGCGGCUACAGGAGGUGGGUUACUCCACCCACAUGGUGGGCAAGUGGCAUCUGGGCUUCUACCGGAAAGACUGCCUACCCACGCGCCGAGGUUUCCACACCUACUUUGGCUCCUUAACUGGAAGCGUGGAUUACUACACCUAUGGCUCCUGUGAUGGCAAGUCCCUGUGUGGUUUCGACCUCCAUGAUGGUGAAUCGGUAGCAUGGGGAAGAGCGGGAAAAUACUCCACUCACCUCUACACCCAGAGGGUGCGUAAAAUCCUGGCCACACACCAUCCGGACCAUCAGCCGCUCUUCAUCUUCGUAUCUCUGCAGGCGGUUCACACACCUUUGAAACCACCCAAGUCCUACAUCUACCCUUACAGAUCCAUGGGCAAUGUUCCUCGCAGGAAAUACGCCGCUAUGGUGUCCAUCGUGGACGAAGCCGUGCAUAACAUCACCUACGCCCUUCGUAAGUAUGGCUACUACCGCAACAGCAUCAUAAUCUUCUCCACUGAUAAUGGAGCCCAGCCGUUUACAGGGGGCAGCAACUGGCCUCUGCGAGGGCGCAAAGGCACCUACUGGGAAGGGGGAAUUCGGGCAGUGGGAUUCGUCCACAGCCCCUUAUUACGGCACAAACGGAGGGUAAGCAAGGCUCUCCUCCACAUCACUGACUGGUACCCAACCUUGGUACGGCUUGCUGGAGGCAACACCUCCCAGGACCAAGGGCUUGACGGGUACGAUAUCUGGCCUGUGCUUAGUGAGAACAAAGAAUCUCCCCGGAUGGAGAUUUUACACAACAUUGACCCUCUCCACCGGCGAGGACUCGGAUCCCAACAAGCAGGUCAAGGUCUGUGGGACACGGCUGUGCAAUCAGCUAUCAGAGUUGGAGACUGGAAGCUUCUGACAGGUGACCCAGGCCACGGAGACUGGGUUCCUCCCCAGGUUUUGACCAGUUUCCCCGGUGGCUGGUGGAACCUGGAGCGAGGAACUGGAGAAGGGAAGAAAUCCGUGUGGCUCUUUAACAUCACGGCUGACCCCUGUGAGAGGAAUGACCUGGCUGCCCAGAGGCCUGGCGUGGUCAGGAAACUGCUGGCACGCCUGGCGUCCUACAACCGGACAGCCAUACCCGUCUGCUACCCGCCAGACGACCCUCGUGCCAACCCUGAUGUGAACGGUGGAGCUUGGGUACCCUGGGUGGGCGACGAGGAGCAGGAGGGCAACUGGAAUGGCGUCUAUUACAAGAGGGGGAGGAACCGCAAGAGGAAAAAGUGCAGGCUCUGCAAAAUACGAUCCUUCUUCAAGAAGUUGAAUUCGAGGAUCAUGUCAAACAGGAUAUGAGGCACUGACACAUCUGCCUGGAUAUUGUUCAGCACCAAACAUUUACAAACCGUGCUCGGUGCAGUAGAACCAUCCAGGUGGGAUGGCUUAAUGAUGUAGAUAUUCACUGAUUGGUUUUAAGCUUAUUUACACCUCUCUUAAAAAUAAAGAGGUUCAGUGAGUGAUGCCAUAUAAUAAACACUUUCGGUUCCCUAAAGAACCUUUUAAUUUUUGUAUAGUUAUGUAGUUUAAAAAUCCUCCAAAUAAUGUAAAGAUUCCUGGAAGAAUCAUUUAAUUGGUACACUCUUAGCUAAAUUGGUUCUGUAUGGUACCAGAAUUAGGUUCUGUGACUUGUAACCAUAGCAAACCCCUUACUGGCGAUAUAUAGAACAGUUCUCUAACCAAAAUGUACAAAAGGUUUUCUGUCAUAGAGAAGAAUCACAGCACUUACUCAGUAAAGCCUCAGUAAGGGUUUUGCUAUUGCUACAAGUCAUAGAACCUUUUCUGGUACCACAUGGAGCCCUUUUUGCUAGGAAUGUACCAAUUGCAGGAUACCAAAAUGAUUUCUAUGACUUGUAACAACAUCAGAACCCUAACUAGUACUGAUCCAUUUUAUAUAGUUCUUUAAAGAACCAUAUUACACCACGCAGAGAACUUUUAAAGCAUUGUCACGGUUCUGUAAAUAAUGAUUGCCUUUACUAAAGAACCCUUGUAUGCCUUUAUGAAGGGUGUAUAGGACUUUAAAAGGUUCUUUUUCAAACAUGGUUGUUGAUUCUUUAGGGAAACGAAAGUGGUUCUGUGCCAUCGCUCAAAGAACCCUUUAUAGCGCCUACAUCCGAGUGAUGACAACAACUGCCACAAAUGUAUUGAUGCAGGUUGUCACUGACCCACUGCAUCAGUUUCCAUCACCACCAUAGUUUUAUAUCGGUACUUGCAAAGAACCCGUAUCCAUUCAGGCGAGUCCGUGCUGGAACAGAAGACGAGAGCUUUUAUUUUUCUAUCUGAGCCUUCGCCUCACUUUAGAAACGAAGACGAUUGUCUAAAACUGUUGGUUUACUGUGGUAAAAUACAGGGCUGUCUGAGUCACAGCUGGAGUAAAUAUUGUCCUUCCAGAGUCUGAGCAGCUACAUUAAGCAACGCUCAGAGAAGACAGUGCUGUAAAUGACUGGAGACAGAGCUCAACAGGGAGUUCUGUGACUGAACUGUUGUAUCAGAGCCAAUAGCAACAAUGUGAAUUCACAUUCAGUUCCUCCUGAGCACCAGUGGCGUCUGAUUUCAUGCUGUAUUUUGCACUCACACUUGGUGGACAACGUUAUUAUUGCACCUUUCGGUCUUCUUUUCUGAUACUGUUUACUGGAAACACAGCAAAAACAGCUGCACAUGCACUUAUAACCUCACACUGUACUGCGCGUCCCUGUAAGUUAUGACUAAAGAGGACAUUUGUAUAAACCCAGUUUCAAAAAAGUUGGGACAGCAGGACAAAUGGAAAUAAAAACAGACUGCAAUGAUGUGCAAAUCGUUUUCAGCGUGUAUUCAGUUGAAAGAUCUUUAAUGUUUCAACUAACUAACUUAUAUAAACUGUAUCUAGUAUCUUGUCAAGUGAAAUGCGUUUAAAUCUAGUCGAUAUAUCUAAUAUUUCUUAUUUUGAGAAUUUGGCUGGUUUCAAGCGCAUUUCUUAAAAAAAACAAUCA